AUGGUACGGUAUAGUAUGCUCAUGUGUUCCCUGCUCGUGGUGGGCGUGACUUAUAGAGUACACGUGAUCAUCACCAGACCACUCCCACCCGACAUUCAGGAUCAGACUAAAGUCAGGAUUCUUGACGAAAUUGGACGGAUAUCAAACCACAUGUUGGAUAUUCUCCUAUCCGCCGGACUUCCGAUAGGUCCUCCAGUGAAAUGGUUAGUUGAUUCCGUGUUUAGCUGCAUGGUGGGAAGUAUGACGUCACACAACGAUGACGUACAGAUUAUUGACCAGACAAUACAGGAUGUGCACGUGCGUGUGUUUAAGCCCAAACGUCCAGCUCGUAAGGCCAACUAUCCUACAUUGAUGUAUAUACACGGAGGGGGCUGGACCUGGCUCACUGUCAAUAGUUAUUCAGCAUUCCUAGCACAACUAGCAAACAAGACUGGAACUCUCAUCAUCGCACCAGAAUACCGGAAGGCACCCUUGCAUCAUUUCCCGGCUCCCUAUAGAGACUGUGAAAUUGUCAUGUACCAGAUCCUCCUGGGUAAAAGUGGACUUCCGGUAGAUAAGUACCACGUGAUGGUUGGAGGCGACGGUUCUGGCGGAAAUUUGGCAGCCGCAGUUGCGCAAGAAUUUAGAAAGAAAAUAUUCAUGCAGGUUCUGAUUAAUCCAGCACUUCAAAUACUGGAUCUUCAUAUUCCAUCUUAUGUUGAUAAUCAUGACGUCAUAGGCGGCAUUACGUCACCGAAACGACAGAUCCACCAAUGGCUGUUGUAUACGAAAAUAUCACUGUCAUACACGUCAAAUCUCAUGAAAAACUCACACGUGUCACCAGAACUACGAUAUUCUAAAUUUUCAAGUUAUGUCAAUAGUUCACAAUAUAUGCCGCAUUCUUUAAACAUCACAAAUAGACAAACAUCAACAGCUUAUACCUAUGAUUUCGAAUCAGUGCAAACAUUUCAGGGUAUAGUGACCAACACGACAUUGGCACCAAUGAUGCAAACGAAUCUGAAUGGCAUUCCCAGUGCCUACGUCAUAUCAUCACAAUAUGACGUAAUACGUGACGAAGGAAUCAUGUAUGCUACACGUCUCUGGGAGUCAGACGUCAAGGUAAAACUCAAGUAUUACCCAUCAACAUUUCAUGGCUUCUUGUUGUUCUCAACCGAAGGGCCUUUCCAACUGGAAGCUGGAGUGAAAGCACUUCAGGAAUUGUCCGAUUUUAUAAGGUUCCAACUCAGAGGGUAUACGUCCUGA